AUGGCAUCACGCCCCCCGGUUUUCGACGAAACGGUGAGCAGCUGGAGCACGUACAGGAUACGUCUGGAAGCGUAUUUCGAGGGAAAUGAAAUCACCGACAGUGCAAAGCGCCGUGCUCUUCUGGUGUCUUCGUUGAGCGAUAAUGUCGUCCGCCUCUUGCAAGGUCGCCUUUCAACCGUGUCGGUCAACAGCCGAACCUACGAGCAAAUCGUUGAAUACCUGGAGGAACAGUACAAUCCCCAAGUUAAUGAAACAGCAGCAAGUUUCUCGUUCUUCAUGCGCAAGCAACAGGAAGGUGAGAGCGUUCGGGAAUACAUCUCCGACCUCCGAAGAUUGGCGAAGAAUUGCAAUUUCGGCGACUCCCUGAAUCGGAUGCUGCGAGACCGCAUCGUAUGCGGCAUUCGGGAUGACGAUGCCCGUCGUUGCCUCCUUACGCAUAAGAAGCUAACAGUCGAGGAGGCGGAGGAAUUCGCCAUAGCAUCGGAAAAAGCACUGAACGACGUGCGAGACAUGCGCGAAGGGCUCCCGGAGACGACAAUGAGCAGCACCAACGUUUUGCAGUCGCAGCGAGGGCGGCGGCAUUGGACACAGCGGGGCAAUGAAGCAAGCAGGCAUGCGUGCGAUCGAUGUGGGGGCCCCCACGCUACGCGCACUUGCCGUCAUCGCAACGCAAGAUGCUAUCAUUGCGGCAUUAAAGGACACCUGGCAAAGGUGUGCAGCCAGGGACGUUCCCGGGCGACGGGCGCAUUUGCCGUAGAGCCAACAGAAGGUGAGAGCGAAGAAGAGAUGCUGCUUGCUCUCGUUGCUCACAGCUCGGGCGACGGAGCUACAUUGAAGCCACGAGAGGAAAAUUUGACGUGGCAGGGUCGGACACUGCGUAUGAUCAUAGACACGGGUUCUCCGGUCAGCGUCAUCCCCAUGAACAUAUUUGAGAAGCAUCGCAAGUGGUGGCCGGCUCUGGAGAAGACGUCGCUCCGGUUAACAUGCUUCUUGGGGCCAUUACCUGUUGUCGGUCGGAUAACUAUGAAGGUACAGUCAGGUUCAACAGUGGUUGAGAGCACGGUAAUCGUUGUUGGCUGUCAGGGACCGCUUCUCUGUGGCCGGAACACUAUAGAAGCAUUUCGCAGGGCAGGGGUGUCCCUUUGGGACGACGGUAAUUCUUCGAGUGUAAAUGUGGUGCGGGAAAACGCCGAAGUGAAUCCCCUGCUCGAAGAAUUUUCGGAUCUUUUUGAAGACAAGCUUGGUUGUUGCAGGGGGCCACCUGUGAAACUGCACCUCAAAGAGGGAGCCCGCCCACGUUUCUGUAAAGCACGUACAGUGCCGUAUGCUAUGCAUGCAAAAGUCUCAGCCGAGAUCGACCGUCUCGUGCAAGACGAGGUGCUUUCGCCGGUAAGUGUUUCGGAAUGGGCAACUCCGGUCGUUCCAGUCGCAAAGAAGAACGGCGACAUACGGUUGUGCGGCGACUUCAAGUUGACCGUUAACCCAGCGUCGCACUUGGAACAAUAUCCCUUGCCCAAGGUUGAAGACAUUUUCGCGGCUCUUUCCGGAGGAGAAGUCUUCACAACGUUGGACUUGCGCAACGCCUACAAUCAGCUGCCGCUGGACGCAGAAGCAAGGAAGACAACUGUGCUUAACACACACCGAGGCCUGUAUUGCUACAAUCGACUAGCAUUUGGGAUUGCUUCAGCCCCCGCCUUGUUUCAGCGACGCAUGGAAUCCAUACUGCUAGGGGUGCCGAACGUCCAAGUGUACCUCGACGACAUCAUCGUGGCGGAAAAGAGAAACGACACUUCCGUGCUCCGGCAGGUGUUUCAGCGGCUGCGGGAAAACAACCUGAAGCUGAACAAAGCAAAGUGUCGAUUCAGAGAAGCGCAAGUGUCGUUCCUAGGGCAUCGCAUCGAUGCGGAUGGCCUUCAUCCCCUGCAAGACAACCUGGAGGCGGUACUAGCAGCGCCGAAGCCAGCAUCGGUAAGCCAGCUGAAGUCUUUCCUGGGCUUGGUGACAUACUAUGCGAAGUUUUUACCCAACUUGUCAACGACACUAGCUCCAUUAUAUGGCCUACUGGCAAAAGGUGUGCAAUGGAACUGGGGGCCAGCGCAUGACAGGGCGUGUGAGGCAGUAAAGAUUGCCUUAAGUAAGGCUAAAUUUCUUGUUCACUAUGACCCGCAAAAGCCUCUACGACUGGAGUGCGAUGCGUCGGCGGUCGGCUUGGGCGCAGUGCUGUCACAUCGGAUUAACGGCAAAGACUAUCCGAUAGCUUUUCGCUCAAGAACCUUAACACCGGCGGAGCGCAACUACUCGCAACUGGAAAAGGAAGCGCUCGCGCUAGUUUUCGGGGUUACAAGGUUUCGAGACUAUCUUUUUGGUAAUAAAUUUUGUUUGGUGACUGAUCAUAAGCCACUGACAGGGCUAUUUCAUCGCGACAAACCGAUUCCGCAAAUGGCGGCGGCCAGGAUCCAGAGAUGGGCACUACUAUUAUCCGCAUAUCAGUAUGACAUUGAGUACCGAAAAGGGUCAUUGAAUGCGAAUGCCGACGCCUUGAGCCGGUUGCCUCUGCCGGAGCCAGCGCACCACGGUGAAGAUGAUCCCGUAGAAUAUGUGCUGCAUGCGCAAGCAUUGACAGAUUUAUCUCUUUGCACGCAGCAGUUGGUCGACAGCACGAACGAUGACGCUCUUCUGAGGCAAGUGAAGACAUGGAUUCGGCGCGGCUGGCCUAAACAACUCGGGCAGGAGCAACAGGGCUUCCUGCCGUACUUCACCCGCAGACACGAACUUACUGACAACACCGACUCAAGGCGGCCAAUCGCCCGCCGAGAUGAUGCUCGGUUUUCAGCCAAGGACCCGUCUAAGCGCACAAUUUCCAGAGGAGGUGGACCGGGAGCCCGUGGUGAACACAUUCACAGCGCCGAUGCAGCGUUUUCCUCAGGGGGCGCCUGUGUGGUCACGCCAGUACAAUCAAGCCGGUCAGCGAUGGUUACCCGGCACGGUGACGUCAUCAAGAGGUAGGCGCUUGGUGAUGGUGGACACCACCGGAGGAAUGCAGUGUCGUCACGUGGACCAACUGCGGCCACGGCACCUCACAACGGUGGCAAAGCAGGAGCGCUCCGCGACCCGGCCUUCUGAGCAGCAACCCUCACCACGUGAUCCACCCUCACAUGACCAACCUUCGGCAGGCGACAACAUCGAGUCAACAGACUUAUCUCUGUGCACAUCGCGGUCUCCCAGUGAGACCGAUUUAAGGACACCGACGGCAUCGGAACUUCCCAGGCGUUCUACGCGCAUAAGAAGGCAGCCAGACAGACUUGGCUUCGUCUAAGGGAAAGGAAGUGCCAUGUCGCGGCAUCUAAAGUGCGGACUCGGCACCAACGUGUGCGCAUGCGUGCUCAAAGGCACACAGCAUAAAUACAGCAACGCUAUCUGCAAUAAACGAUUCUUGUU